CCUGAGGCUCCGGCCCGGAUAAAGGCGGUUUCCUCGCCCGCCCGGCCCCGCCGCCGUCUCUGCCGGUGCCACUUGCCACACCAUGGCUCCGGGCUGGACGGAGCGCGACGGCUCGGCACUCUCGGCGGGCCCGCCCCGGCCCCGGUUCGGCCCCCGGCCCCUGCUCCUGCUCCCGCUCCUGCUCUGGGCCCUGCAGCCCGACGGCGCCCGCGCCCAGACGAACGCCACGGCCGUCACCUUCCACCCCACCGACAGGGUGCCGGCUAAUUACAGCUCCCGGGCCUACUCCUGCUGGAGUCAGUACGAAAACCGCAUGGUCAACAUCCACAGGCAGGACCGGUGCCUCUGGGACGUCAUCAGCUGGCCCUACAGCGAGCUGCAGAACUGCCUGGAGCAGGGGGCCGAGGAGAGGCAGCUGGGCUACCCCAACCCCUUGGCCGAGGAAAUCAUCCUCCAAAGCCACUUCACCUACUUCGCCAACUGCUCGCUGGUGGGUCCCGCCUUCGGCGACCCCCCCGAGGACGUGCUCCUGGCCAUGAUCAUCGCCCCCAUCUGUCUCAUCCCCUUCCUCGUUACCCUGGUCGUGUGGCGCAGCAAGGACGGCGAGACCCAAGCCUAGCGUGGACCCUCACCUCCCGACUCUUCCCUCUCCACCCCGGAUCUCCAACCCCAGCCGUCGGGAGGCGGCUCGGAGGGGCGGGACCGGGGGCUCUGUACCGGGGAAGGGUGGGGUCCCGCCGGGGUCCCGCCCCUCGCCCCCUGCCCCUGUUGUUCGGAGGAAAGUAGCCUCUGGGCUGCAGAGUGUCGGAGCCCUCGCAAUAAAAGUCUCCCUGCCGGCC